AUGAAGUCAUUCGUUACCUUUGCGGGCUUGGCCUUUGCCAGCUUCGCUGCCGCUGGCCCCUGCAGGCCUCGCACAACCACUACUGCUGCUGCCGUCUCUUCCUCCACCGAGAUCGCUUCCUCCACUGCUACUGAGACUGCUGCCGUUUCUACCAGCACGGACUACUCCGUCCCUGUCGUCUCUGAGAGCUCCACUCUCGCUACAGUGAUUGUCUCGGAGACUAGCGCUACUGAGACAAGUGCUGGUGAGACAGGCACCACCACUGCCGAGACAAGUGCUGCCGGUACUACUACCGCUGAGACAAGCGCUGCUGAGACCACCGCUGAGGGUACCACCACCGCCGCUGAGACUACCACUGCUGCCGAGGACACUACAACCGCUGAGGGUACCACCACCGCCGCCGAGACUACCACCGCCGCUGAGACCACUACUGCUGAGCCUACUACGACCGAGGCCACCACCACUGAGGCCGAAAACACCUCUGGUACCGCCACAGAGACCACCACGACUGCUGAGCCUACUGCAGACCAGUCUUGCUCAAACGCCGGCCUUCAGUAUGCCAUCUACACCCACCAGUUCCACAACUCCAAUCCUCCUCACUUCUCCGCCUUCAACCCUACCUUCUUCCAUACUGCCACUCCUACCUACGAGGGUGAGACCACUCGCAUCGGCAUCACUCCCGGCACACCCUCCGGCUCUGUCUUCGCCAUCUACGACAACAGCCCCGCACAGCUCUGGCAGUACAAGGCCGUCAACCACCAGGCAUUCCUCUACGCCCCCGAGACUGGUGACUACACGGUUACCAUCCCUAACUCUGAUGAGAUCACCCUCAUCUGGUUCGGCACCAAGGCUAUCUCAGGCUGGACUCGUGCCAACGCGGAUCUCGAGCAGGACUACCCCGGUGGCACUUCCAAGACUUUUACCAUUCACCUCACUGCUGGCACUUAUACUCCCUUCCGACUUCUCUGGGCCAAUGCUCAGGGUGAUCUCAACUUCAUCGCUGAGGUCCAGGCUCCUGAUGGAACUGUCAUUGUCAAUGGUGAUGGUAGCGAUAACAGGUACUUUGUUCGCUUCGCUUGUGAUGAGAGCACGCCUUCUUUCCCUCCUUUCGGCGACAAUGGAGAUUAUUAA